GCUUCUGCCUCUGCCCGGCGGAGAAGAUGACGGUGGGGAUGCCCGCGGGAGCCUCUAGCAGCUCUGAGUGCAGCCGGCAGAUAUUUCUCCCCAAAUCCUCCUCCGACACAGAGGUAGAAGAGGAGCUGUCUGCGGAUGGACUGGCAUUACCCAGGGCUGGCAAGCUUGAUGAGUUCCUCAGUCCUGAUGAGGACACAGAUUCCGCUUCUGACUCAAUCGAGAGCCUCUUCGAAACGCUGCAGGAACUAAAGCAGAAAGGCAGGUGGUCGCUGUUGGAAUCCCUUUAUCCAUCCACCUCAGACAGUGAUGAGAACCUCUUUGAAGAUGAUGAAGACCUUGAGAGCUUUUUCCAAGACAAAAGCAGGGGGAAGCCACAGUCCCAGUCUCUGAGGGACAACUCCAGGAGGCGCUGCAGCUCUCUCAGCAACCUUCCCUCCAGCACCCCCCAAGAUCAACCCCAGCCACACUCCAGGCCUCCCUCCCAGUACAGGAGUGUCAGCUCCAGGGCAUCCUCCAUCACUGUCCCUCAGCCCUUCCACAUGACACUCCGUGAGGCCCAGAAGAAAGCCCAAUGGAUGGCCUCUCCUGCCUCCUUUGAGCGUGAGCGGCUGCAGGCCCAGAAGCAAGGCCAAGAGGAAGCUGAAUGCCAGCGGCAGUUCCGGGCACAGCCUGUGCCUGCACAUGUCUUCCUGCCCCUCUACCAGGAGAUUAUGGAGCACAAGGAGGCCCGCAGGCAGGCAGGGAUCCAGAAGAGGAAGGAGCUCCUUCUCUCUUCCUUGAAGCCCUUCAGCUUUAUGGAGAAGGAGGCGCAGAGAAAGGAAGCUGCUCACCAGAGGGAACUGGCUGCCGCAGCAAAGGCCAACACCCCUAAGCCGAAGGCCUCCAGAAAGAUCCCCAAGUCCAUUCUGGAGCCAGCCCUUGGGGACAAACUGCAAGAGGCUGAGCUCCUCAGGAAAAUUCGCAUCCAAAUGAGGGCCCUGGACACGCUCCAGAUGGCCUCCUCCCCCAUUGCCACCACGAGUAGCCGAGUGGACCCACAGGCUCGCACAGCCACUCGGACCUGGGAGAAGCAUCUCAGCUUCCUGCACAGAGACUUUGGCUUCCAGCCCCGAGUGAAUUCCGUGGUCCCUGACUACGAAAGCCUGUACAAGGCCUUCCAGAGGAGAGCCGCGAAGAGACGAGAUACCCGUGAGGUGACUCGCCACAAGCCCUUCUCACUGAGAACUGCCAACCUGCAUCGCCCUCAGCGGCCUUGCGACGUCACUGCCUCUGGAGGACAGAAGGACUUCCCACAGACGCCCCCCACCCCACGGCCCAGGAGCCAUUCUCUGAGUGGCCUUGCUUCUCUCUCAGCCAACACCCUCCCUGUGCACAUCACAGACGCCACAAGAAAGAGGGAAUCUGCAGUCAGAAAUUCACUUGAAAAAAAGAGCAGAGCAGAUGAAAGUGCUCAGUGGUUGGAGAAGCACAAAAAGAAGUGCCAAGCAAUGUCUAAAUCUGUGACCUUGCGUGCAAAAGCCAUGGAUCCUCAUAAAAGCCUGGAAGAGGUAUUCAAAGCAAAGUUGAAAGAGAACCGAAACAAUGAUCGCAAAAGAACAAAAGAGUAUCAGAAAGAAUUGGAGGAAAUGAGAAAGAGAAUACAAACAAGGCCCUAUCUUUUUGAACAAGUUACCAAGGACCUUGCCAGGAAAGAAGCAGAACAAAGGUAUCGAGACACGCUGAAACAGGCUGGGCUUGAUGAAGACUUUGUGAUGAACAAGGGUCAAGGCAUUCGAGUUGUGCAAUGGAAAGACCAGCCAGAGGCCAGUGAUGGUCUCAGUACCAACGGAAUCACAAAACUCAGCAUCAAAAAUCCACAGGAUAUAGAAGAAUCUCUGGAAUGGCCUUUAAGCCCCAAGGAAGAAAUGGAGAAUCUAUCUCAUGAAUUGAUAGAUCAUCUCACAUCACUGGCUUAAUUACUUUAAGUUAUUACCUUUCAGUAAUAUUGGAUCAAGUCAGGCAAGGCUUGAGUUUGGAGUUGAAGUCUCUAGAAGAAUUGGGAUAAGUAGCAGGUAAUAGGAAUGAUUCAAGAAAACUAGACAUCAGAAAGGAGGGAUUUGAGUCAACUUAAGAGCUUGAGGAGCAGGAGACAUAGUAUAGAAAUUAAGGCACUUGCCUUGCAUGCCACCAACCCUCACUCAAAUUUCUUGAACCGCAUAAGGUCCCCCAAACUCCACUUGGAGAUACUCCUAUGUCUAAAGCCUGGAAUAACUCCUGAGCAUCAGUGGGUCUACUCUAACCUCCUAUCCAAUUUCUUGCUUAAAUCUAAAUAGUACAGGGGCUAAGGCACUUGCCUUGCAUGCAGCUGACCCUGGUUCAGUCCGUAGAACUAUUUAGUUCCCCUCCCACUCCUGCUAUAAUCACUUUUGAGAGUGACCCCACAAACACAAAAAUGAAGCAUAGAUGCCCACUCGGCAUUGACAGGUGUGGCCCACUCAACAAUAACUUUCUUUAAAAAGACU